AUUUAUUGGAGAAUAAACCAAAACCAGAAAACACUUCAAACUCCGGGGAGAGAGUGGAAGAGACGCAGUGUUCUUGGUAACUAACAUCGAUCUUGAAAGAAAAGAAGAUUUCAUCGCUCAAGUUCAAUUGGUUAUGAUGUAACAGCAUGAUGAUAAUUCUUGUUCUCUUCAAUGUCUUCUUGAUACCUGGUGCCGACCAACACUUCUAUGAUGAAAAACAAACAUGUAUAAUUCUAUCGCAUCCAUUGGUAACAAACAUGCCAUCUUCCUAGAUUUGCCUCAUGGCCAGGAGGCCACCAUAUCCCAUAUCAGUGCCAAACAGAAUACAUGUCUCAAAGCCCCUCCUGCUUGUUCUAUUCAUAUUGGUUCCUGUUUGUACCAUUGGGACCUUCUACGAUGUGCAAAAGAUAUCAUACUUCCUUCGGCCAGUGUGGGACACUCCACCACAGCCCUUCACCCAUCUGCCUCACUACUAUGCGGCGAAUGUAUCCAUGGACCACCUCUGCAAGCUCCAUGGUUGGACUGUCCGGUCCUUACCCCGCCAGGUGUUUGAUGCUAUUAUCUUCAGCAAUGAGCUUGACAUACUUGAGAUUCGAUUCCGUGAACUCUUGCCCUAUGUACAUAAAUUUGUGAUUGUAGAAUCAAACACCACAUUCACGGGCAUUCCGAAGCCACUCUUCUUCCAUGAAAAUCAAGAAAGGUUUGAAUUUGCAAGUUCAAAAAUAGUUCAUGGGACUUUUCCUGGUCAGACUGAUCCCACUACUCGCAGGAAUCCUUUUGAUCUUGAAAGAAAACAAAGAGUGGCUCUCAACACACUGCUCAGGAGCUCUGACAUUGUUUCAGGGGAUGUGGUAAUCAUGGCCGAUUCUGAUGAGAUACCAAGCCCACACACAUUGCAGUUGUUUCAGUGGUGCGACGGUGUGCCGCCUGUGAUGCACCUAGAGUUUAGGCACUACAUGUACUCAUUCGAGUUUCCGGUGGACUAUAGCAGUUGGCGUGCUACGGCACACUUGUUUGGGCAAUCAACUCAGUACCGACAUUCCCGCCAGAGUAAUAUAAUCUUGUCUAAUGCUGGAUGGCAUUGUAGUUUUUGUUUCCGAAAAAUAGAUGAGUUUGUGUUCAAGAUGAAAGCUUACAGCCACGCAGAUCGUGUGACUAGAGCCAGCUUUCUUGACCAUGCACGAAUUCAGAAGAUCAUAUGUGAAGGAGGUGAUUUGUUUGACAUGUUGCCUGAAGAGUAUACAUUCCAAGAACUCAUCAAGAAGAUGGGCUCCAUCCCCAAGUCUGCUUCUGCAGUGCAUCUUCCUUCUUAUUUGAUUGACAAUGCUGAGAAGUUCAAGUUUUUGUUGCCCGGAGGAUGUUUGCGAUCCGAUUAGUAGCGGUGUUGUCAACGAAAAAAAAGUAUAUGUUCUCUUUUAAAAAAACUGUUCAUGGAGAUGCUUUGAUAAUUAGUUUUUCUUGAAGAUUAUUUAGGUAACAAGAGCAAGACAUCGUUUCUGUUUUGAAAUAGCAGUUUGAAACCAAAAAUGUAAUAAUAUCGAGUAUAACAGCAAUUUUUCACAUAUUGUUUUCUAUAUUAUUUGACAUGUUGAACGGUUGGAACUAUCAA